UUCUCCUUCCAUACUUUCUUACACAGAUCCCGAUGGAGACUGAAGCAGCUCAGCCAGAAGAGGGGUCCAAAAUAUCUGCUCCGCGCCGAACGAAAAAACCUGCCAUGGAAAUCUACGUGCCCAAGAAACGGCAGGCCGAGAAGAUGGAGAAGCCUCAGGAAGGGGGUGACAAGAAACCCAGACCCAGGCCCCGGUACACCGACAAGGCCCACAAGAACAAGAAGGAUCAAGCCAAAGUGACGGAAACCCCAAACGAAGAGGUAAAACAGGAGGAGGUAGAUAAAGAAAACCUGAACAUGCACACAGAAAAAGAGGAGGACAGUGUAUCCAGAACUAUGAACACAUCAGAGGAUACAGGAACUGCACUAAAACAUGAAGAGAUCCCAAAAGAUGAGGAGGAGGAUGAAGAAGAGAACUGGGAUUCUUUCUUAAAUGAUUAUGGUGACUGUCUUGACCCACAUUUAAUAGAGGAGAUGUCUCUUAAGGAAGGCCGCAAGAAGCCGUCUAUACAGGAGCCACGCUUCGACUACUACAACUGGACGCCGGAGGAGGAGGUGGAGCUCCGGGACGAUGAGCUGUCACACAUCGUGGAGAUUUACGACUUCCCGUCUGAGUUCAGGACGGAGGACUUGAUCAGAUCCUUCAGCUCAUGCCAGCAGAAGGGGCUUGACAUCAGCUGGAUUGAUGACACGCAUGCCCUCGGUUUGUUCUCCAGUCCCAUCGCAGCUCGAGAUGCUCUGAGGAUGAAGAACCCCAUGAUGAAGGUCAGGCGUCUCUCCAAAUCAUCAAAUGCCACUAAAGCCAAAGCGCGCAGCGUCUCCGAUAACCUGCUGCCGGCUAAAGAGCGUCCUCAGACGAGUGCGGCUCUGGCACGCCGUCUGGUGAUCGGGGCUCUGGGUGUGAAGAGUCACCAGACCCGAGAGGAGCGAGAGGCAGAGAGGAACAAACUACGGCAGGCGAGAGAACAAAAGCAGUGUGAAGACACACGGGAGGGCAGAUGAAGCAGGUUUGUGUUUUUGUGAACUGUGAAGCGUUUUGAUUUGAUCAUGGGUUUAGUUCUGAAGUGGUUUAUCUCUGGGUUUGGGGUCUGAAGGAGUGGGCCCUUCGGCAGGACGGUCUGCCACAAGACGAGGGACGCGGACGCAGGGGUUCAUCGAAGCCACACACUUCAACAGGGAUGGUUUCUGAUCUUUCCUCUUGAGAUUUGUUUUGAACUGAACUUUUCCCUGUAAAUGUUUGAUUGUUUUUAUUUGGAAAGGCCAUUUUAAUGUAUUUUUGUGAAUGUUUUUCUUUUUGGUGACUAAAACAAACUACAUGACAUGGAAGUGUGAUUUCAGUCGUAUUUUUUUGCCUCAGUAAAGAGAAAAGUCGACACUGAAAGCUGAUAAUGUCUUUCAUGACACUUAAUUGUGUAAAUGAGUGAUUCUCAAAAUGUCAACUAAAAAAAAAAAAAAGUAUGUCAAGGAUCACAUUAUCCUUGAUUUUUUUUUUUUGUUGUAAGAAUGGGAUUAGACUGAAGUAAAUUGUGGACAUUUUAUUUAAUCCCACUCAAGUCUUUUUCAAACCAUCAGCACAUUCUAACAGAACUUUUUUUUGUAUUAUGU